AUGCUCGGGGCCAACAAAAUGUCCUUGUGGCUUUUGACUGGCAUGUUAGCGGUCACAACAGUGUUCUUUAACCUCUACAUAUUCCUGAUGAGCCUUUCCAACUACAAGAAGAAGAAGCAGUGGAGCCCAAGCGAGACCAUCAUUGUGGCUCUUUCCUUGGCAAACAUUACUCACCAGAUCGUCAGCUACUUCUGGAUGAGUAUGGACGAGGUGGACAGCAAGUGUCUUGUGGCCCAGAUGCCAUACGCCAUCAUGCUUGUUAUCACCUACAGUCUUAAAUUCACCAUCAUGUGGGACAGCAGCUUCCUGACUUUUUACUACAGCACCAAGCUGGUGACCACUCCCAACCGCUGCUACACACGCAUCCAGGACACCAUCAUCAAGCAUGUGACACUUGCUGUGCUUGCCAUCCCUUUGAGUGGCCUGGGGACCUGCAUGCCCAUGCUGGUGGUCUUCCACGCCGCCAAUGACACCAGAGACAACAAAGACUGCGGGGUGUUAAUGCCCGACACAACGCCUGGAAAGAUUUACGAGGCCCUCUACCUAGUCGUCGCAGAUGUGCUGCCGGGGAUGUUCAUGAUAAAAUGCUGCAUCUCCAUCUCAGUGCACCUGGCGGUCCACCUACGCCGCAUGAAGGCCAGCAGCAAUGGCGCUCACGUUCCCAAGCUGGGCACCCAAAUGAGAGUGAUCCAAAUGGCUCUUUCCCUCGUGGCCGUCUUCCUCCUCUUCCUCGUGGUCGACCUGUACGUCAACUAUCAGAUAGUGGUACAUCACGAGAACGCCAUCACACUGACAUUAUUCUUCAUAUCAAUUUAUACCACAGUUUCUGCCAUGUUGUUAAUAUAUGGGAAAAAAACUCUUUGGAAAGCUCUGAUCCAUGACUUUAACAUAUGCAUAGGUGCGUAUCCCUGUUUGACAUGUCUGCAGGUGCCAGAGCAGAAAGACCAACCGAGCCCCACACCUGCAGUGAUCAAGAGCUGA